UCCAGGGGCUGAGGGCGCUCCGAGAGCGCCUGCGCGGCCCGCCCACGUGACGUCUGGGGCCCUGCCCCGCCGGCCUUCCUCUCGCCCCGCCCCCGACUCCCGCCUGCUGCGAGUGCGGCCUCGGCUUGCGGCGGCUUCAGUUGACAGGCCGGGCCACAGUGACGAGGGUCUUGUGGCUAUCAGGAUGGCAGAGGAGCAGGAGUUCACCCAGCUGUGCAAGUUACCUGCACAGCCCUCCCAGCACUGCAUCAACAACACCUACCGCAGCGCACAGCACUCCCAGGCCCUGCUCCGGGGGCUGCUGGCUCUCCGUGACAGUGGAAUCCUCUUUGACGUUGUCCUGGUGGUGGAGGGAAGACACAUCGAGGCCCAUCGCAUCCUGCUGGCUGCGUCGUGUGAUUACUUCAGAGGAAUGUUUGCUGGGGGAUUGAAGGAGAUGGAGCAGGAAGAGGUCCUGAUCCACGGAGUGUCCUACAAUGCCAUGUGUCAAAUCCUGCAUUUCAUAUACACCUCCGAGCUAGAGCUUAGCCUGAGCAAUGUGCAGGAGACACUGGUGGCCGCCUGCCAGCUCCAGAUCCCAGAAAUUAUUCAUUUCUGCUGUGAUUUCCUUAUGUCUUGGGUGGAUGAGGAGAACAUCCUUGAUGUCUACCGGCUGGCAGAGCUGUUUGACUUGAGGCGCUUGACCGAGCAGCUGGACACCUACAUCCUCAAGAACUUUGUGGCCUUCUCGCGGACUGACAAGUACCGCCAGCUUCCACUGGAGAAGGUCUAUUCCCUCCUCAGCAGCAAUCGCCUAGAAGUCUCCUGUGAGACGGAGGUGUACGAGGGCGCCCUCCUCUACCAUUACAGCCUGGAGCAGGUGCAGGCUGACCAAAUCUCGCUGCAGGAACCUCCCAAGCUCCUUGAGACAGUUCGAUUUCCUCUGAUGGAGGCUGAGGUUCUCCAGCGGCUUCAUGACAAGCUGGACCCCAGCCCACUGAGGGACACAGUGGCCAGUGCCCUCAUGUACCACCGUAAUGAAAGCCUGCAGCCCAGCCUACAGGGCCCACACACGGAGCUGAGGUCAGACUUCCAGUGUGUUGUCGGCUUUGGGGGCAUUCAUUCCACACCAUCCACUGUCCUCAGUGACCAGGCCAAGUACCUGAACCCUCUGCUGGGAGAGUGGAAGCACUUCACUGCCUCCUUGGCCCCCCGCAUGUCCAACCAGGGCAUUGCAGUGCUCAACAACUUUGUGUACUUGAUCGGAGGGGACAACAAUGUUCAAGGAUUCCGAGCCGAGUCCCGAUGCUGGAGGUACGACCCACGGCACAACCGCUGGUUCCAGAUCCAGUCCCUGCAGCAGGAGCACGCAGACCUGUGCGUGUGUGUUGUGGGUGGGUACAUCUAUGCUGUGGCAGGCCGAGACUACCACAAUGACCUGAAUGCUGUGGAGCGCUAUGACCCUGCCACCAACUCCUGGACGUAUGUGGCCCCACUCAAGAGGGAGGUGUAUGCCCACGCAGGCACGACACUAGAAGGGAAGAUGUACGUUACCUGCGGCCGCAGAGGGGAGGACUACCUGAAAGAGACACACUGCUAUGACCCAGAAAGCAACGCCUGGCACACCCUGGCUGAGGGGCCUGUGCGGCGUGCCUGGCACGGCAUGGCAACCCUCCUCGACAAGCUGUACGUGAUCGGGGGCAGCAACAAUGAUGCCGGCUACAGGAGGGAUGUGCACCAGGUGGCCUGCUACAGCUGCACAUCUGGGCAGUGGUCAUCUGUCUGCCCACUCCCAGCUGGGCACGGUGAGCCAGGCAUUGCUGUGCUGGACAACAGGAUCUACGUGCUGGGUGGCCGCUCUCACAACCGUGGCAGCCGCACAGGCUAUGUGCACAUCUACGAUGUGGAGAAGGACUGUUGGGAGGAGGGACCCCAGCUGGACAACUCCAUUUCUGGCCUGGCAGCCUGCGUGCUCACCCUGCCCCGCUCCCUGCUGCUCGAACCACCCCGUGGGACCCCCGACCGCAGCCAGGGUGACCCAGACUUCGCCUCCGAGGUGAUGAGUGUGUCUGACUGGGAAGAGUUUGACAAUUCCAGUGAGGACUAGGCUCCCAGUGCCUGGUGUUAGAGGGAGGGUUGGGGGCUGCCAGAGCUAUCAAGCCCAUGUGGCCUAGGCCAGAGCACUUUACUUCAGAGCAGGGGCACUGCCCCUGGCACUUGUGGCUCACUGGCCCCUUUCCCCUAUCUUCACACCAGCCCCUUGGCUGCCUACUGCAGGUGUCUGCAGGGCCAUGCCUUCUGUGGCUGUGGAUCACAUUACAAUGGGAAAUCCUCCUGAAAGGCUUCAGUCCUUGAAGGAAUUGCCAAGGCCCCAUCCUCCUGAGUGGGCCCUGUCACCAGGUGACUCAGCCUUCCCCCGCCUCCAUCCCUGGAUCUGGUGCCUGCAGGGCUGAGGAGGUCCCUUCUCCAAAGGAACCUGGGAUCUGGCAGCCCUGGGUGUGGGGCCUGAGGCAGGUCACACCUCUCUUUCCAUGAACUGGGUGGGGCUGGGUGAACAGUUGGGGCUUGGGAGAUUGAGAGCUCCCAGGGGCAGAAAGGGAGCAGAGAUACAUAAACUUGCCUGGGACUGGUUCUACCGCUGCGUUUUUCUGAUCCCAUGUUGAAAAAUGAAAUAAAUCAUCUUACUAAAGGUGUUAACUUUU